GCUGCUAGAGCAACAACACCAGUGGAAAACGUAGUUAAGCAGUGCACGCUUUUAUGCAAAUCUUCUGGGUUUUGGAAAUGAAAUCUCAACCGCUAUCGCUCUCUCUGCACAUGUUAAAACAUUCUAAAGCCACGAAUUCAUUUAUUCGUAUGAGAAGAAUAUGCGGAAAACGUGCGUUCCGAAAUUAUUGUCUGUGUAGCCACGAGCAAACGGUCCAAACGUGAUCACAAAAUUUGGUGUCGGAUCAUAGUCUCAGAACUGAAAUGUGAACAUAAAUGAUCGCGAUCGUAAUGUGGCGUGACAGCUGAGCAUACAGAUAUUGCAUAAUAUCGAAAAGCGAAGUACUUCUAAUCAUCAAAUACCAUAGCUCAGAUUUUUUUUUCAUUUUCAAAAGUGGUAUUUUCAUGGCGGCACAGAAAAUCGCCGGCUCGCAUACUCAAGUGUUCGUGAAACGCGGCAUGGUAAUCGAGGUGGAUGCUUGUUAUGUGGAAGUGGAAUAGGUGACAAGAAUUCAUAUAGUUGCCGCAUACACGAUCGCAGCCGAAAGUGAAUUUUGCGUUGGCACUCCCGACAAAGGCAACAAUACCGAAUUUCGCAACUAGACUCUGAACUUCUGAAUGUGCAAGGUUUAGUUCGAACGAUAGAUUAAGAAUAAGUUAUGCGAGACCGUCUACACUUGUGUGCUGUGAAAUGCGCUGCUAUGGCGGAAGCAAGCUGGAAGAACACGAGAAGUCAUGAACUGCCGCCUAGAGCUAGUGUAACAAAUUAAUGUGAGAUUCAGGAACAUCUGCCUGCAUUACUAGGGACUUUUUUGUGGGUAACGUACCGCUACGAUCUCCAACGCCUCCCGCCAUGGCUAAUAAUCCAGCAGCUAAAUUUAAACCAACGAGAACCAUGCCAGCCUGGGUGACCAAAAGCAGUGAUCGUGUAGGGCCGCCACCACCACUCCCACCGGCCAAUGCUGAUCCAGAAUAUGAAGUAAUCGAUAUAGCCAACCAACAGUACUCCAACACACCUCCACCGAUUCCCGUGAAAUCACCCGAUAUUAAGCGAAUAACCGUCAUGAAGUGCGACCUUUGUGGAUCAGUAAUGCCAGCUGUUCGCUGUGAGCAAUGCGAUCAAAAUUUGUUCUGCGCAUCUUGCGAUGAUCGUUACCACCGUCAUCCGAAGCGUCAAACUCACACCAGAACUCCCGUAGAAUUACAAACCACCACGGUGAAACCCCCGCUGCCGCCGAAAGGCGAGGGGAGCUCGAGUGGCCCCCUGGCGCCACCAAGAAGAAACAAGCGCCCCGGGAGUUUCCACUUUCCCAGUCCCAUGCUAGGGCGCAAGCAAGAUCAGGACCAGAUCAUCCCGACAACCGUACCCCAAGGCCCAAUAAACAUGCAACAGCAGAAACCUCCACAACCACCACCAAGUCCAGCAUUGUCACUGCGUGAAAAAAUGAACUCCCUCAAGCGAUUUAUUCAUCCAUCGAACAGACCAUUGCCAGAUCCACCGGAACAAAAAAUUCACUCAUCGAAUUCAUCGUUGGAUUCCAUUGCCAAAAGGUCUCCUGCGGGUGGAAAAUCAAUGUCCAGCACCAUGGAGAAAAUUCAGAAUAAUACAGCAGCUACCCUGGACCGAAUGACUUUACUGCAGCAACGUUAUCGUCAACACCAAGAGGCUAUGAAGGACGAAGAUCGAAGCCGACGUGCGAGUCUGACAUCGAAUGUUGAUUUACAGUCAUCGAUGUCAAUUAUUCGUACAAAACCUCCACUCGUUCCAUCGACACUCCAUCAUCAACAACAACAGUUUCACCUCCACCACCAGCAACAACAACAACAGCAACACGCGAUGCAGUCGGGAUGGAUGGAGCCUCCGUCACCCAGAAUACGAUCCGGCAGUGUCGCCUCGGGUAUCAACUUGAUGCCCGAUGUGUCUGCUGUGUCUAACCAUAACAACCCUUCCAGCAAUAAUCCGCCAUUUAUGUCCUCCACACAGCGUCCAGAAUUCGGGACCGGUGCAGAGACCAACUUCCCUAAUCCCCGUAGUACCUCUGUGUUUAACUUGAACCAAAUGCAUCAGCAGCCCCAACCGAACCCAUGGGGAUUCAACCCGAUCCACCAGGCUCACUCAAUGGCUCAUAUGGCCCAAUUCAAUCAAUUACAGUGGAACCAGAUGAAUCCAUGGGCGGCAGCGCAGUCACAAAAUGGUUCAAAUAUGAGCUUGAAUAUGCCUUCGUCACAGCAAGGACAAUCAGGUUAUCCACCCAAUUGGAACAGCGCCUGGGGUGGAAUGUAUCCGUACCCGAUGGGAAUGAUGCCAAUGAUGCCCGGAAUGGCAAUGCCUCCACCCCGUUCGCGAGCUCAUUCGCGAUCACGUGCGGGGUCCCCAGCACUCAGUAUUAAAUCCCGAAAAUCCACGAUGUCAAUGCGCAAUUUAAAUCGCAACAGUUUCGUGGACGAUCUUACCGAUGACGAAGAUUCUGACAAUGAGUUCAUGAAGACUCGUAAUCGCCGUGACUGGAGAAGUCAGGUGGAUUCGGACAGUAGUCGGGAUUUGAAUGAACCAGAACCGAAUACAUUCAUUCGACCAACAAACACUAAGCAUUCUCGCUUCAAUCGCGAUCGCCGAGCUGCAUCGUCUGCUAGAUCUCUCAUCGACUAUCCAACGUCAAGUAAACGGGACUCGCAUCGCUCUAAGUAUGAUCGUGAAGAGCUGAUUCGGGAUCGUUUGGACAAGAUGUCACUUUCGUCUCCCAGAAAGAAUACCUCUGACUCCAUGCCCGUUGAUUCCGAACUAAGUCGCCGUAGAUAUAGCAAGCCAGGAAUAAAUGGCAAACACAGCAGUAGCUCACCACGAAAAAUAAAUUCUGACUCGCUGACUAAUGAUUCAGAUAUUGAUUUUGAGAAACGAAGACUAGCGAAGCAGAAAAUCUCGAGCAAUCUUUCGUCGCCAAGAAAAAUAACUUCCGAUUCCUUCACCAAUGACUCAGACACCAACGAGAACGAGCGUCGCAAUCAAAAGAAGCCGAAAGCUGCAGGUGUUACCUCAACAACCCCAAGGCGAAUGGAAUCGAAUUCGGUGACAGAAGACUCCGACGUGGUGCGUGAGAGAACUAAAACCACCGCAAAGAAUCAGCAGGCUGAGGUCGAAAAAACUAAAACUGGAAAGUCUAAAUUUGUCAGACCAAUUCCAAAGAAAAUCCCAUCGGACUCGCACACGCCUGAUUCAGAGGGUGAGCAGAAGCGUCGGUUUACCAACAAGAAAAUAAUCAAGAGAAAUUCAAGUACUGAAUUUAUUCCAAACGAUUCUGAUGUGGAAUUGGAGCAACGCAAAGAAGAAAACCGGCGUGAUUCCGGUGUCACCAAAGAAAAUUCCACCGUUGCUCAGAGGAGGUCAAACAACGAGACCAUUCAGCCACAAACCAUUGAAUUGAAAAAUCAUAUCAAUGAAUCAAAGCUCGAAGCGACAGAAUUCCUAGCAGACGACGAUUCGCCGACAGCGCCUAUUUCAAUAGAAGCACCGGAUCGCGAAUGGGAAUGCGAAUUCUGCACGUUUGUCAACGAAGCUGGUGUGAAAGUUUGCGCCAUCUGUUGUAAAACUGUGACCCCCGCUGUCAUAACAACGAAAGCGACCCCGGAAACUCCCCGAUCGCCACCGCCAGAUGUCGUCCAGGAGCCACCUUCGCUGGAGAAGAAACCCAUCCCAAAUUCCGCUACCGAGGUGAAGAAACUGCAGGCGGUCACACCACCUCCAGUUAAAGAUGCCGAAACCAAGAAGAAAGACAAUGAUGAUGAAUUGGAAAAUGUAGAUGAUGGUGAUUUCGUUGAAGUGUCAUACAGAGUUGAUGAAAAUGAUGUUGAAGAAAGUCAGUACGAAAACCAUGAAAUAAGGGGACAUCACACGCAAAUUAAACCGGAAUGUCAGAAAGAGAGUAGUGAGAUUAGUCAAAAUUUGAACAGUGAAAUGACAAAGGUAGUGAACAAAAUAGUGAAAGAAAAAGUGUCUACAGGAUGUGGUCCGUCUCCACCGCGCGAGGUUAGCACACAGAAAGAACAACCCAAACUUCUAAACAGAACACAACCUUCUCCAUCCGGAAUUUCAAUUGGAACUUCUCCGCCUCCCCAAGAUAUGUCAACUCAGACAUGUGAUGUUGCAGAAAAGACACACGAAAAUGUAACUGAGGAUCAAAGCUUCACACAAGACAAGCCCAAUAACGACCUGACCCGGCCGCAUUCGAGCAGCAUCUAUCAACGAUCUCAUUCGCUCGCAACACCUCAAUUGCUACAAGUGGGCAAUUCUCACCCCGAUAGUCACCAAAGCUUCAUAAGCGACACACAGAGUCUUCCGUCAACGCCUCACGAAACGAGCCCACUCCCUCAAGUAACAAAUAUCGCUCAGAAUAAUGAUCGACAUGACCUUCCACAUCACCAUGACGAGAAUCUGUCAUACCUGGACCGCGCCAUCCAUCAAAUCAUCCAAACCGCCGCUAAGGCUACCUUCAGUCCAUCUCGUCCUUUGGAUCAGAACAAAUACCGUGCAAUGACCGAUUUGAGCCACAUCGACACCAUGCAACCGACGCUCAUCAAAGACCUAGCGCACAAGAGACAGAUGACAGCAGAUAAGAUGAGCGAAUAUUCGGAAGCUGCCGCAAAAUUGAUGGAAUCGUUGAAAAUAAGUGAUCACAAUAACAUGGCGAGUGAAGAAUUGAUAAAACUUCUGAAGGAAGCAGAGUAUUAUAAAUUCAGCCCAGAAGAGCUGCACGCAGCAAUUGCACACUGCAAGGACAAACAUCCGGUGCAAUGGCUUCGAGACCACUGGUCGAAGCUGAUCGAAACAGUGCAAACAUUAGCCACGAAGUACGGUCAUGAAAAGAGGGAAAAUACCAUUGGCACAAUCUCGUCGAUUGAGGCCCGUGAGGCUCUUCGACUACACAAGGGCAACAUAUGGCAUGCCAUCACAGAGUGUAUUGAGCAGCGCCAGAAGAAGUACAAUGAAAUCGCCUCAAAGGGUAACUUCACCCGGGAAGACAUUGUUACAAGCCUCACAGCUCACCAUGGAAACUUGGAGCUGGCAGUGGUCGAACUCAGCAAAACACAACUUAGACCUUUCCUAAUGCGCAUCUGGGGCCCUCCAAAUGGAGCGGAUAACGAUUCUAGUAACUUGCUUCUGCAGCAAGCACUCGAGGAGGAUCGGAGUGGAAUUAGCACUGAAAUCCAAGAGUUCAUAAGUGCACAUGUCGAAAAAGAGCUACUUGCGAAUAACAGUACAUGUGAGACAGAAGUGUCGAGUCCACCAGAACGCCCGGAAACAUCUAGCCCCAGUGCUGUGGAAGAAGAAGCGUAUGACCCCAUGGGUGAUACAGCGAAUCUUUCAAAUACGACUAUUCUGCGUGACAUCGAGAAGUUAAUUGAUCAAAUGGAAAUCAAUCAAGCAAAUCAGAAUGAUGAGGUAUUGAAGAAUGUUCAGAGCCUUCUAGCUAAAUUGAUCGAGAGGAGCGAAUCUCGACCUGCAUCGCAAGCUUCGGUACGUUCAGAAUCAUGUGAGAGAAUUAUUGUGAAAAGUCCAAUUCCAUUGCCACGAUCGAGUCAAUCAUCCGUUGACGAGACAAAGCCCAUCUACGAAGACAUACGUGUGUUCAUGGCAGAAAACAUUCAGGAGAUUCUUCCUAGUCUUGUCAGCCAGGUGCAACAAGAACUGGAAAGUGUACCCAUCAGAACCCCUAAGUCGCUGCAUGGCGACGCCAGGGAGACUAUGAUGAACGCAGAAUCAUUGACGGAUGACUACCAGACAAUAUCGAACUUUCCACUGGUUAAGAACUUCGAAACAGUUGAUGAUUUUCCUAGUAUGAAGAGAACAUCUUCAAUGGGAUUCAAGACUGCACAAGAGGAGGAAAACGAGUACGCUAACAUUCAGGACUUUCUUAGAAGGGCAGUUCGAGCUGAACGACUGACGGACGAGUUCGAGCGGUACAAGACACAGCAUUACAUAUUUGACAGUAGUUCCGACGAAGCGAGAAUGACGGGUGAAUCAACCGACUAUUACGAUAUUGUUGCGGUGAAUCAAAGGCUCCAAGAUCUGUUGGAACACCAAAGGAUAGAUAGGAGAUCUGAGGAACAAUCGAUCCAUUCGGGGAGCACACCAGCGGGGUCGCUUCCAAUCUCUACAGAGAACUUGUUAGAAGAGGCAAUUUACGUGAACACAGCGGAUAUGGCUGCAAUGAAUGCGGAGGUUCAAGCUGUAGAACCGAACGAUAGUAGGCAAAUUAAAAAACGACGCAUAGGUAGAGUUCCCGUUAAUAAAAACAGCUAUCUGCAACGAAGACCUGGCAAAAGUUCAUCCGAAAGUGACCUCGACGUGGUUGUGCAGAAUAGCACAGCACCGGUGACGGUAUUGCAUAUCGAUCAUACAAAGGAACUGAAGCAGGUCAUCGAUACUAUUGAAAAAAUUGAAAACGAGCUUCAAACUGAAGCAAACGACCUAGAAAGGAAGGAUGUGGAAUCGGAUCAACCAGUUUACGAUAAUGUUACAAUCACACAGACAUCUACAACAGAAACAACCAUAGUAGAGAAACCACUCGUCCUACGCGAAGUAGAACAACCCAUAAGCGAAGGUCCUGCUGGUGAUACGAGAGAAAAGGUUUUUGAGCAUAAAGCUUUUGAAUCACCAACUCCAGAAAUGGACCCACCGAAUGCUGAUCCCAAUACUAAUAGUUCCAUACUGACCAAUCAGAUCGUUAAUGAGGACUCCACUGAAUUGGCUUAUAACGAUUCGACUAACAACGAGGCACAGGAUCAGAACAAUGUACCCCCCAAUAGCGGUUUCAUUGAAUCCCAACAAAUAACCUCUUCAAAUCCCCAACCUAUACAAUCACCUCCGAAAAGUCCUGUUGAAGACAUACAGGUUUCUCCUAUACAGGAAGUUCCUUCUACAGUGGAAAUCGUUAUAUCUCCUCAAACAACCCCACAAUCCACAAACGACGAACCAACCACUCUGUCUGUACCUAAGCCAUCCCACAAUCUCUCUGACAUAGUGUUGGACACAAAACGACUUAUCCAGCAAAUGAAAGACGAAAUCGCGUCCGAUAUGGCCACCAUGGAAGAUGAAGAAGAAGUGUAUGACAACGAAUACUACGAAGAAGACGAAUACGAAGACUGGAGUGAAGGGGACGAAAACGGUGAAGAAUGGGACUCGAACGAGGAAUACGACGUAGACGAAAACGGUGACUACUUUGAGUACGAAGACGAAGAUGACGAUGGUUCGGUGAUGUUUAGCGAAAUUGCUCCUGAAGACAUUGAACAUCCAGAAAUUCAGACGCCAGAACGCAUGGAAGAAAUUAGUAACGAAAGCAAACCAGAACUACCGCAAAUUAAUGCCGCAUUGGUCCGAGAGAUGGAACGGAAUAGUGCCUCGGAGGUCAGUGAUCUACCAUUGGACAGUGACUUCAACGACACGCUCAGUGUUAUCGAACAAUCGAUGAGUGAAGUCGAAGACAUCCUGAGUUUGGCGGUAAAUUCUUUGGCUAGCAAUAAUAGAGCGGAAUACGAUGAUACCUCCAGUGCGGAAACAUUACAAAACAGCCCCGAAACUAGCGAAAUCAGCGAAGCUACACUAGUUGCCGAUGUGAACGAUGUCACGGAACCUACAUUGGUGGCAGAAGAAAAUUUGAACUUAACAAUGAGGAAUGUUCAGUCCCUGCUGAAUGCUAAAACGCUGAUAGGAGAGUUGAUAAAGACUGCACAGAGGGCCGAAGGUAUGGUUACAGAGCAAGCCACCGUUGAAAAUAUGAUUUCCAAUGAUGACAAUAGAGUAAGAUAUAUUGAUGGAGCGAUACAAGCGAUGAGUACAACCAUUAUAGCAAACGAGCCGAGUGUGGCAAUUGAUACAAAAGAUACAAAAAUAUUGUCUGAACAGGAAGAACAAUCGCAUGAUCUUAAAAACACAGUGGAAAACAUUCCGAAUAAUAUAGCUUUACUAGCUGCUCCUCUUGACCAGUCGUCGAAUGUCACUCAUACACUAGAUGCUACCAUCGAAAUGCUUAAUUUUGUUGCGCGUGAUCUCAAUGAACCGCUGCACCAAGUUCCUCCAAUGUCAUCUGUUGAAGUACCUAGACUUUCAUCUCAAAUGCCCCCAGAAGAACUAGCAGCAAUGCCAUCUGUUGAAGAAACAACUCUAGAACCCAGAAUACCCUCUCCAAUAACAUCAAAAGAGGUAGCAACAAAUGAUAACUCUGCGAAAACGCAGCAGGUGAACGAAGAAGUACCAGCGCAGCCAGUAGUUCCACAAUACGCAACUAUAAAUAAAAAUACUUCAUCUGGUGGCUUGGAAAUUCAAAAUGUCGUGCAACGGGAAAAUGAAGAACCAGCAUAUGUCAAUAUAAGUGAAAUGAAAGCACUACUCUUAGAAUCCGGUAAAAUUGACAACAUGCAAGAACGCUUGACAGACAGUACCCAAAAUGCUGUGAUUGUUCAAAACAUGACACACCACACAAGUACAUCUGUUAUCAGUUCAUCUAUCUCUAGCAACAGGGACCAUACAUUGAUACAUCAUAGAAAUGAAGAUCAGAACGCUGGCAGUGGUCCUUCAAUUGACAUUUCAAUUGAACAAUCACACGCCGAUUCAGAAAACGAAGGUUCAGAAACCAAUAGUAAAAUAUCAGUGAAUAACUCAGAAGCAGCGGAAACUAUGGGAAUUAUUGAUUCGAUUAUUGAGAAAACUGACAAACAAACACCUCCAGAUGCUCAACCUGAAAGCGAAAGUAUUGUCAAUAGAGAUAACAUAAACGAAACAAUGAUGGACGAAAAAGUUAGUAUACUGGCCAAUGUAUUUUCCCAACAAAAUCCGAACAAUACAGAGGUAAAAUCCGGAAAUCUAGCUGACAAACAGGCAACUGUAGCAGCUGAAGACGGCCAUACUCUAAUCCCAGGACAAGAAAGCGGACGUCCAGAUAAUGAUGUAGAACAAAAAAUGCUUCCAAUGAGUGAUGAUCACAAUGUUCAUCUCGCAAAGAAUGGAACAAUAGAACAACACAUAAGUUCAACGGCGAUAGGGGCAGAAACUGAAAACAUCCGCACUGUAAUCCCAGAACAAGAAGUCGAUCGUCUGGAUACCAGACUAGAAACGGAAAUUGUUCCAAUGAAUGAUGUUCACAAUGUUCAGCUCGCAGAAAAUGGAACAAUAGAACAACAAAGUUCAACGAGAUUGUUCGAGUCAUUUACACAAACUCAAUCUGAAAAACUACCAACAGUAGCAAUUGAAACGGAAACGUUAGGUACACAACAAACCGUAAACGGACCAGUCGAAACGAAUCCAAUGAAUGAAAUCAGAACAUCAUCGAGUGAACAAAAUGUAUUUGAAAAAGAUACAACGCAUACCACAGACAUUUCCAGCACAGAACAAAGUGUAGACCAAGACGAACAGAUGGAUCGCAUCACCAAUGGAGAAUUGCAUCAAAAUCACCAUCACUCCUUUGCCACUCGUGAGUCAUCUGAAGAACCAUCAAGUUACAUCGAAGUACAAGCUUCUCAAGUUGUUAUUCACGCGCCAUCCGCAUUACCGUUGAAACUGUCAACGAUAGAUUCGCAUCAAUCAGCAAACAUUUACGAAAACGUCGAUAUCAUACCCAUCACUGAACAAAUCUCCGCCAACACACCUCCAGCGAAAUCUCAUUCAAACACCAGUCAGCAAUCCGACAAAAAAGGAAAUAAACAAAUAUCCACUUCAUCCAUCCCUACAAGCACCUCCAUUCAGAAAACGACUAAAACUACUAAACCCAAACCCAAGACCUCCACCGACAUCAAGAAAAAGCCAUCCACUGCAUCCGAUUCCUCAAGUCGUAGAAACUCGCUUCGCAAGAACUCCAUUGGCACCCCGUUCGGUCCAGUGCUGACCAACACUGUCAAAAACAUGCAGAAGGAGUUCCUCAACAAGGCGCAGAAAGAACCAUUGAAAUCAAUCACCAAUAAUGCAUCGACUUCAAAACCAUCAAAACUGGUGCAGCCAAAGGCAUUUACUAAUAAGCUUACUAAAACUAUUGCGCCCACUCAGCCAAAUCACAUGAAAGGUGCAAGCAAAGCGUCCUCGUCAUCAAUCGAGCCGGGAUCAUCCAACUCGACGCCGGGGCCAAGUUCGUCCAAGGGGACUCCGAUCGGUUCUCGCGAAGGUUCAGUUACUUCCGAACAGCGGCGAAAACUACGGAAAAAGUAUAUGGAGACCUGCUUCAGCGAUGACUAUAUCUCCUCGGAUGAAGACGAAGACAUAACGACCAUUACGGAGAGUGAAAGUCGAACUAUCAUCCGAUCUCUCGUGAAGCCGUUCGAACCAAGCGAGGAACCGUUAGAAAUACAAGCGCAACGUCUACUGGAUGAAGGCCUGGUCCAUACGUACCAACAAGCCGAGCUUGCAGUGCAACUCAUUGAAAUGAGAUACGCUAAAGAUAACGCCAUCUGGGCAGCCACACAAUGCUACACGAUCGAAGAAGCCAAAGAUCUGUUACAAAAGGAGUGCGAGCUAUGUCUUGGCAUCUAUCCGAUGAACGAAAUCAUUUCGAUGCUGAAAUGUACCCACACCUGCUGCUUGGAUUGUGCUAAGGUUUACUAUACCGAGGAAAUUAUGCACCGUUCGAUUACCAACUGCAACUGUCCGUACUGCAAGGAGCCUGAUCUCAACAAUCCAAAUGUGACAGAAGACGACGUACUGGAAUACUUCUCAAAUCUAGAUAUUCUACUCAAGAACAUCGUUGAUGAAGAGGUUCAUGAUUUGUUCCAGAGAAAACUGCGUGAUCGUACCCUUAUGCAGGAUCCAAACUUCAAGUGGUGCGUGGAUUGCUCUUCCGGUUUCUUCGCACGACCAAGGCAGAAACGUCUCAUUUGCCCGGAUUGCGGAUCGAUCACUUGCUCAGCUUGUCGCAAACCUUGGGAACCGCAGCACGAAGGUAUUUCAUGUGAAAAGUUUGCAGCGUGGAAAGAGGCAAAUGAUCCAGAACUGCAGGCGCAAGGCGUUGCGCGUCAUCUCCAAGCUCAUGGCAUAAGUUGCCCAAACUGCAAUUUCAAGUACUCCCUGUCACGCGGUGGCUGUAUGCACUUCACCUGCAUACAAUGCAAGUUCGAGUUCUGCUUUGGUUGCAAUAAACCAUUCAUGAUGGGAGCGAAGUGUGAUGUUUCUCCGUACUGUGCCAAGUUAGGAUUGCACGCCCAUCAUCCCAGAAAUUGCCUCUUUUAUCUGAGAGAUAAAGAUCCAAGGGAUCUCCAAUCACUCCUGACGAUGCAUAACGUCACAUUCGACACUGAACCUUCGGAGCUGCUGAAGCGAGAAUUCGCGGAAAGUCAAAGUGCGUCGAUGAAGUGCCCCAUCCCCCUACAGAAAGAAACUCCAGCUGGUUUGAUGGACACUAUUUGUAAUGGAGAUGUUCCAGACGAUCACGCUGGUCUGUGCAGAACGCAUUAUGUUGAGUAUCUGGUAGGCGCGGUUUCCAAAGCACAGAUUGAUCCUCUACCGAUACUGGACCUAACCGAUUGUGUCCAAGAAUUGCGCAGACGGGGUAUGCCACUCCCGGAACGCGGUCCUUGGGACACGGACGAAAUUUAUCGUGAAAUGUGCCAGAAGAUCGUCAAAGAGCAGAUCCCACUGAACUGAAGUGAUCAUCUGAGAAAUACACAGCCAACCACCAACCAACGUUUAGCUUUAAUUGCGUAAUCCAUGAUUCAAUCCAAGAUAUUAGGCGCUAGUACCGCUCAUGCUGUCAUCAAUUAAAUUAGCAAUCCACAUAUUCAUUUUUUAUAAUAUAUUUUUUGUCAUUGGUACUAUUUAUUGUCAUAAUCACACAAUCUCAUCGUUGAUUGUUCCACUGUCCUGUGUUUGUUUAUUUGAAGAUAUAACAUGAAUAAAGUAAAAUGAAUCCUACUUUAACAA